CCGAUCAACCGCUCUUGCCUUAGUUGCGAUCACACCGGCCCAACGACCAAACCGGCAGCAUGGAGACCACCGGUGCGGCAGCGACACCCCCAGAGCCGGCAGGCGCCAGCAGCCCGACACAAGACCGCAGCGAGGACGUUGCUGCUGAGGCCCAGGAGAAUCUCUGUGAAGUCUGCCAUGCCACGGCAUCCAAGUACAAGUGCCCUGGAUGUCUGUGCAAAACCUGCUCGCUGCCAUGUUCGCGCGAGCACAAAACACUCACUGGCUGCGACGGCAAACGCAAUCGGACGGUGUAUGUGCCCAUGUCGGAAUACAACGAGGACAAUAUGAUGAGCGACUAUUGUUUGCUCGAGGAGAUUGCACGGGUGACCGACAACGCCGUCCGAGAUCAGGCCGGGGCUGUCCUCAGGCCAAGGCUGCCAUUCAGAUACCAGCUGAUGCUCAAGGGAGCCAAGUCUCGCCGGAUGUUCAUCCGGUUCCUGUCGGCAGGCAUGCGCCGCCACGAGUCGAAUCUUUCAAAGUUCAACACCAGGUUCAACUCGUUCUCUUGGACGAUUGAGUGGCUGUUUGUCGACUGCGAUCAUCGAAUAAUCCAACACCGGGUGCGCGAAACAUCAACCUUCGCCGACUUGCUGAAGCAGCAUCUUGGAGAGAGCGGCAAAGACAAUGCCCUCCAGCGCUACAAGCUGAAGCUCUAUUGCGAAGCCGGACUCGAGAAUCUCAGGAUAUUCAUGCGGCGAGUCGACGUGCCGGCAAACACUCCCCAGUUCUAUCUGGCAGACGCAUCACUAACAGUGCAGCAGUUCCUGACUGGCAAGCAUCUGAUCGAGUAUCCGACGCUGUUGGUAUAUGCCUCCUCGCUCGCAGUGCCAGGCACGAUUGUAUCCGGAGAGCCGUCGCCGGCACCCGGAGGAUACGUCUUGGACAGGUGGGCGUCUGUCGUCAAUGGGGCCGACCAGCCCUUGGAGGAUACAGAUGAAGCAGCCGAGGAGGGCGAGCUGGAUGAGAGCGAGGGCGAGCAAGCGACCGUCGAUACGGACCACAACGGCACGACAGAGCCGGUGGCCGGGGCCGAUGCUGGGUCUGCAGUCGAGCUGGAUCCGCAGGGUCUCUCUCGCGCACUGAUGAGCGAUCUUGGUGCGCAUGCGUGUGAAUAGACAAACGAUGGUCCUGUCGAUCGACCCAGCCCGACAUGUGCGAUCGAUACUUCCAGCGACGCCGGCGGUGCCGGUGAUGAUGCCCCAUGGCUCAUCUGCGCAUGCAGCGACACCUCCAGAGUCACAGGCCGUCCGGGAAGCCUUGUCGGCGCCCAAGUGAUGCGGGCAAU